AUGGGGCGUGUGUCGAAGCUUGGCUUUGUCGUGGCCACUGGGGCCAUGUACCUUGCGGUGUGCAAAGCACAACCAGACGAAACGAAACCGGUGUGCACGUGCCCCAAAAUUCUGGCCCCAGUGUGCGGCGUUAACGGUAAAACCUACGGAAACCAGUGCCUACUGGAAUGCGAUCAAGUUGACCUAUUAAAGGAGGGGCCUUGUUCACCAGCGCCUCCAGGUGGUGACGAGGAGGAGAUCCCCGUUGUGUGCCCAUUGAACGAACUUCCAGUAUGCGGGUCUGACGGUGUGACAUACGGCAACGAUUGCUUUCGUAAAGCUGCUAGAGUCAAAUGGGCGCAUGAUGGGGCAUGCGAGGACCAUUAA